CAGUAAUCCCAAUAAGAGACCCAAACUGAACAAAACGCCGAAACAAGUGUCGCAUUACUACGCGAACGGCGACUCCUGUGAUAUGACCGGCAAAUCCCGUUCCGUCGAAGUCAAGAUGAAGUGUCGCAACAUCUCAGGACAUCCUGAUUCGGUUGCACUCUAUUUACUCGAACCCAAGACUUGUGAAUACAUAUUAGGAAUAGAGUCGCCGAUUAUUUGUCAGCUGUUGAGUACGGCCGACGAAAACGGAUUAUUAUAUAACCCGAGCGUUAAGUUAACGGAAGACACAGCGGCCGAGGAGGCCGUGGAUGAGGCGUUACAUUGAGUUUAUUGUCGCGUUUUUUGUACAAAACUUUUCAAAAAAAAGACUUUUUCUGUAUUUAAAAUAAAGUUUAGAAAUUAUUUAUGACUUAAUAUAUGCGCCAAUUUUUGUGUAUAAAGAACCUUGUUAAUGAUGACUCCAAAUGCAAUUAAUGAAAACCACAUUUUAAUUAAAUUAUAUAUUUUAAAUUAUUAAAUAACA